UUGCGUUUGGUGAGUGCAGGUGGCCGGAGGCCCAAUUCCCCCCCCCCCCCCCCCCCCAUCAACAUGGUAGUGGAAUUAAAUACAAGACUACCCCAGGAGGGUACCAGCAACCCUGGAGAAUCCCUCGCUGAGCAUCCACGAACAAACUACUUCACUCCUGAGCGUGGGUGCUCAGGCUGCCCCGCGUAUUCUGGGGGGGGCAAAAUUCCGCUCGUGACUAAUGCUGCUCGGGGCAAGCGGAGCAAUACAACCAAGGCGACCCCUGUCACGCUAUCCGUGAAUUUUUGCAACAUCAGGGGACUUCAUUCCAACCUUAACGCUGUCCAUUACCAUCUAGAGACGGCGAAGCCGGCCUUGCUCUUUUUAACCGAGACUCAGGUGUCCUCUCCGGCUGAUACUUCAUAUCUCUCCUACCCGGGGUACAAAUUGGAACACUCCUUUGUGCCCCGGGCUGGAGUUUGUGUAUACGUCAGAGAGGACAUCUGUUUUCGACGCCUCGGCAGCCUUGAAGGUACGGACCUGUCCAUCCUAUGGCUGCGCGUAGACAGCGACGACCAUCCCCGCGUCUACGGGUGCCUCUAUAGGUCCCAUAGCGGUAAUGCCGACACAGACCGACUCAUCGACCACGUCCAAAUGGCUGCAGACUCCGUGCUACAACAGGUCCCAUCCGCAGAGAUCGUGAUACUCGGUGAUUUCAACGCCCACCACGCUGAAUGGCUUGGUUCUCGUUCAACCGAUCAUGCGGGUAGAUCUGUCUACGACUUUGCUUUGGCAUAUGGUCUAACACAACUGGUUACUUCGCCUACGCGGAUCCCAGAUGUGGAAGACCAUGUACCUUCCCUGUUGGACCUUCUGCUGACCUCUCAUCCGGACGGAUAUCAGGUCUCCGUCGAUGCCCCUCUGGGCUCUUCGGACCAUUGUCUGAUCCGGAGCACAGUGCCACUCACGCUCCAAUCGCAGUUGCGAUCUACAGCUUGCCGCCGUGUUUGGCACUAUAGGUCAGCUGAUUGGGACGGGAUGCGGUCUUUUUUUGCAUCCUACCCUUGGGGGCGGGUUUGCUUCUCGCCGGAAGAUCCCAGCGUUGUUGCCGAUUCUGUUGCUGAUGUGGUACUUCAGGGUAUGGAACUUUUUAUUCCAUCCUCUGUGGUGCCCAUCGGAGGCAGAUCCCAGCCAUGGUUUGGUCGCUCCUGUAAAAUAGCAUCACGCUAUAAGCAGGAGUGCUACCGGGCCUGGGCUGACGCAUCAACGUCUCGGGAUUUAAACACCAGCGCACUUAAAAAGAAGUAUAAUUCCGCCUCCAGGUCCUUCAAAAGCGUCAUUGCCAAGGCAAGGUCUGAGCACAUCGGCAGAAUUGGCGAGAAGCUAGUUCGCCUUCCUUCGGGAACCCGUGCAUUCUGGUCUCUCGCCAAGGCUGUCCAAGGGAACUUCUGUCAGCCAUCCCUCCCAUCUCUGCACAGAGAGGACGACUCACUGGCCCAUGCCGCAAAAGAGAAAGCCGAUCUGUUGUGCUCUCUUUUUGCGUCCAACUCGACUCUAGAUGACGGGGGGAACACACCGCCGACCAUCCCGCGAUGUGAGUGCUCCAUGCCGGAUGUGCGAUUUACACAGCGCUCGGUUCGCAAAGCACUCUUCUCCCUGGACGUCAGCAAGUCGAGUGGGCCCGAUGGAGUCCCUCCCAUUGUGCUGAAGACGUGUGCUCCGGAGUUGGCACCGGUUUUAACGCGUCUUUUCCGGUACUCCUACUCCCAAGGCGUAGUCCCGAAUUCAUGGAAGACAGCUUUGGUCCACCCGAUCCCUAAAAAAGGCGACCGCUCAGACCCGUCCAACUACAGGCCUAUCGCCAUCACCUCCUUGUUCUCCAAAAUAAUGGAAUCCAUUAUAAACUGCCAGCUCAUGAGGUACCUUGAGGAUCACCAGCUGAUCAGUGACCGUCAGUACGGUUUUCGUCGGGGUCGAUCAGCAGGUGAUCUUUUAGUUUACUUAACUCAUAGAUGGGCGGAGGCAGUAGAGUCCAAGGGGGAGGCAUUGGCCGUUAGUUUGGACAUAGCGAAGGCCUUCGAUCGGGUCUGGCACAAGGCGCUUCUUUCGAAGCUUCCUUCCUAUGGGCUUCCCGAGAAAUUGUGCAAAUGGAUCACCAGUUUCCUUGCUGAUCGGAGCAUCAAGGUCGUAGUAGACGGUGCAUGCUCUGAUUACAAGCCUAUCAACGCUGGUGUUCCACAAGGCUGCGUGCUAUCACCAACGCUGUUUCUCCUGCAUAUCAAUGAUAUGCUGCUAACUGGUAGCAUUCAUUGCUAUGCAGACGACAGCACUGGGGAUGCCUUAUAUACCGGCCGUGCCAAUAUUUCUCGGGAAAACGUCGCCGAGUACCGGGACAAACUUGUGUCUGAAGUCGAGUCUUUGCUUAACAAAGUCUCGGAUUGGGGCCGACUAAAUCUAGUCCAGUUCAAUCCCCAGAAGACACAAGUUUGCGCGUUUACCGCUAAAAAGAACCCCUUUGUCGUAUCUCCUCAGUUUCAAGGCACACCCCUUGCUGCCUCAGCCAGUAUCGGAAUCCUUGGCGUCGACAUAUCGAAUAGCGUGCAGUUUCGUGGUCACUUGGAAGGGAAGGCCAAAUUGGCCUCUAAAAAGCUUGGCGUGCUCAGCAGAGCGAGACGGUAUUUCAUGCCGGCACAUCGCUUGCAACUUUACAAAGCGCAAGUUCGGCCCCACAUGGAAUACUGUUCUCAUCUCUGGGCCGGGGCACCCCAGUGCCAGCUCCUUCCACUUGACCGCAUCCAGCGCAGAGCGAUUCGAAUCGUCGACGACCGAGUUCUUUCCGAUCGGCUCGAUACACUGGCACUGCGUAGAGAUGUUGCAUCUCUUUGCGUAUUUUAUCGCAUCUAUCACGGGGAGUGCUCUGAGGAAUUGUUCGGACUAAUUCCAGCCGCUCAAUUUCACCAUCGCACGUCGCGACAAAACUCGCGUUACCAUCCAUACCAUCUGGAUGAUUGGCGGUCCACCACUGUGCGAUUUAGAAGAAGUUUUCUCCCUCGCACAACUUCUUUGUGGAAUCAAUUACCACCAGCGAAUUUUCCGAACCGAUACGACUUAGGAACCUUCAAGAAAAGAGCUUACACCUUUCUAAAAGGCCGGCAACGCAUCUGCAAUUCCCCUGGUGUUGCGGUUGUUCAUGGGCGGCGGUAG